GAAGAGUCAUUUGCAAAUCCAUUCCAAAGGUGAAUCUUUUACUUGUGAGCAUUGUGCUGAAAAUUUUAGUUCAGAGAAAAACUAUAAAGUACAUUUAGAAAGUCACGUAGAGGAGAAACUUUUUGCUUGUGAUCAUUGCACUGAAACCUUUAGUCUCGAGAGAGACUUAGAGAUUCAUUUCCAAACCCAUUCUGAAAGUGAAUGUUUUACGUGUGAGCAUUGUGGGGAGACUUUUGAUUCGGAGGAAAACUGCAAGAUGCAUUUGGAAAGUCACAUAACGGAGAAACCUUUUCCUCAUGAUCACUGCACUGAAACUUCUAGUCUUGAAGGAAACUAUGAGAAUAACUUGCAAACCCAUCCUGAAAGUGAAUGUUUUACGUGUGAGCAUUGUGGGGAGACUUUUGAUUCGGAGGAAAGCUGCAAGAUGCAUUUGGAAAGUCUCAUCAAGGAAAAACGUUAUUCUUGUGAUUAUUGCACUGAAACUUUUAGUUUUGAAGAAAACUUUAAGAUUCAUUUGCAAACCCAUCCUGAAAGUGAAUGUUUUACGUGCGAGGACUGUGGCGAGACGUUUGAUUCAACGGAAAGUUGCAAAUUGCAUUUGGAAAGUCACUUGAAGGAGAAACCUUUUUCUUGCGACUAUUGCACUGAAACCUUUAGUUUUGAAGAAAACUUGAAGAAUCAUUUAAUAUCCCAUUCUGGAAGUGAAAUUUUUACCUGUGAGCAUUGUGCUGAGACCUUUACUGUAGAAGAAGAUUUGAAAACUCAUUUGCAAAUGCACGAAGUUAUGUGUGGAUACUGUAAUGAAACAUUUUAUUCGGAAGAAAGUUUAAAUGAUCACUUGAUAGUUCACGCAGAUGAUAAACUUUUUACUUGUGGACAUUGCGCCGAGGCUUUUUAUACGGAAGAAACUUGGAAAGAACAUUUGUACACGCACAGCGAGGACACGACGUCAUCACUUACUUGUGAGUACUGUAAAAAAGUUCUCCCUAAUGAAAAAAAGUUGGAAGUGCAUUUGAGAAUGCACAGGGGAGAGAAACCUUAUGCCUGCAUGAUUUGUGACAAAACUUUCACAUCGGCCGGAUACCUGAAAGUGCAUUUGAAUACUCAUCGCAGGGAGCGGACAUAUGCUUGCGAGUACUGCGCGAAGUCUUAUGUCACUAGUCGAGCUCUUCUGACUCACAUGAGAACGCACACCGGAGGAGGUCAACCCAAAAAAGUGUCAACCUAUUUGUGCUCAAUUUGCCUGAAGGACUUCACUCAAAUGUCAAGUCUAAGAGCACAUUUGAAAAUUCACACGGACGAUAAGCCGUUCAAGUGCGAAUGUUGCGAGAAGGCCUUUAUCAAUCGAGAAGACCUUAAACGCCAUUUGAGGGUUCAUACGGGGGAAAGACCUUACGUCUGCAGAUUCUGUGAUAAGUCGUUCAGUCGUCCUGGUGGCCUGAGCAGACACGAGCGCGUGCAUACCGGAGAAAAGCCUUUUCGCUGCAAGUAUUGUGGCAAAGGCUUCAUCCAGGCUGUGCACAUGGAGUCUCACAUUGUCAUUCAUACGGGAGUGAAACCCCACGUGUGUGAACACUGCGAAAAAUCCUACGCCAGGAAAGAAAGCUUGAAGGUGCAUUUGAGAACUCACACGGGCGAGAGGCCCUUCCCGUGUGAGACGUGUAAUAAAAGGUUUUAUACGAAAGUGCAUUUGGAAGCACACAUGAACAUCCAUAGCGAUGACAGGUAUUACUGUGACGAGUGCGACCGGCCGUUUGUGUUUAAGUACCAACUCAAAAAUCACUUGAGAUAUCAUACGGGCGAGACGCCUUUUCAGUGUGAAUAUUGCGAAGAGGCAUUUACUCAAAAACACCUGCUCAAGUCUCAUUUAAAAUUCCACCAAGAGGAAGUGCUUUCGAUGGAAUGUUAAACAUUUCAACUACAGCAAAGAUAAAUUUUUUUUUGUUCUUCCCAAAAUGUUGCAAGGACAAUUUCUACUUUUCUUAAGCUUGCUUUUAAAGUUGACUGACCAGAUGUCUCAUAUAAUGUAGUAGUCUUUUAGACUGAAAAUUUUUAGUUUUCCUGAUUCAGUGAUCAUGUUAUUUUUGGCUUUGACUUUAAACUCAUUUGCAAGAAUCUGUUGAAUAAUUAUGUGAUGCUUAGUAUUUGACUGACACAUUUUUCACAUG